AUUUCCUCUCCUCCUUAACAUCAUCCUCCUACUCCUCUUAGGGAUGUAUCGGCGUGCGGUGCACCUGUUUUAUGUAUGAUCUGGGUCAACCGCCGCUGAAAUGCUCUAUUUGUUACCACUGUCAUCAGUAGCCAUACGAAAGGUUUAAACGACCUAUUCGGUGGUCCCCGAGAGACAUCGAUUCAGUGUGAUUUAGGUAGAGGAUGUGUUGAUUUUUCUCUUUCGGGGUGCAGCAGUGAGACAGCAUCUUUGCCGGCCAGACACAUCAUACGAGUGGACAAGCCCCGUAGGACACCAUGUCGGACAAAAGUGACCUAAAAGCAGAGCUGGAGCGGAAGAAGCAGCGCCUUGCCCAAAUCAGGCAGGAAAAAAAGAUAAAGGAGGAGGAGAGGAAGAAGAAAGAGGUAAGGAAAAAAUCAGAGAGCCAGCAGAAGAGAGAGGCCACCCCAGAGGAUUCAGACUUAGACCGCAAGCGCAGGGAGACUGAGGCCCUGCUACAGAGUAUUGGCAUCUCACCGGAGCCUUCACUAGUCCCGACCCCUGUGUCCCCCUCCAAAUCAGUGAGCACACCCAGUGAAACGGGCAGCCAGGAUUCAACUGAUGGAGGAGCAGCAGGCAGGUCAGGUUUCUCUAAAAACAAGUCCCAAGCACAGAGCUCAAGGACGCUGCAGUGGGACACAGACCCCUCUGUGCUGCAGCUGCAGGCGCGCAGGAUGCAGAGGCUGGGAGCCUCUAAGAUCACACAGGUAGACUUCCUUCCCAAAGAGGUGGUCUCUUACUGCAAGGAGACGCAGACGCCACUCACCGCCCACCUGUCUGAAGUAGAGGAGGAAGAGGAAGAUGAGGAGAUGAUGGAGGCAAAGCCGGGUCCCGAGUCGGAGCUGCAGGAUGAUGAUGACAACAGGGAAACCAAAGAAGGCUCAUUUCCAGUUCUGCGGGAGCUGACAGAGGAGGAGAGGCAGCAGAUCCUGCACUCUUCUGAGUUUCAGAGUUUCUUCGACUGCAGCAUCCGGGUGAUGGAGAGAGCUCUGGCUGAAGACAGCAACAUCUUCUUUGACUACGGCGGCCGGGAGCUGGAGGACAAAGAGGGAGACUUGGGCAGUGGCUCCAGUCUGUCUUUCAGCCGACUCUUCUACGAUGAACACUGGUCGAAACAUCGCGUGAUCACCUGCCUUGACUGGUCGCUUCAGUAUCCUGAGUUGCUGGUUGCCUCCUAUAACAAUAAUGAAGAUGCUCCUCAUGAACCGGAUGGUGUUGCCCUAGUAUGGAACAUCAAAUUUAAGAAGGCCACACCAGAGUACAUCUUUCACUGUCAGUCUCCAGUAGUAUCUGUGGGCUUUGCCAGGUUUCAUCCCAACCUGGUGGUGGGGGGGACUUACUCGGGACAGAUCGUCCUGUGGGACAACCGCAGUCACCGUCGGACCCCCGUCCAGAGGACUCCUCUGUCUGCUGCUGCACACACUCACCCAGUCUACUGUGUGAACGUGGUCGGCACCCAGAAUGCCAACAACCUGAUCACUGUGUCUACAGACGGCAGGAUGUGCUCCUGGAGUCUGGACAUGCUUUCCCAGCCACAGGAGACCAUGGAACUGGUGUACAAUAAAUCCAAACCCGUGGCGGUGACAGGCAUGGCUUUUCCCACGGGAGAUGUUAACAACUAUGUGGUCGGGAGCGAGGAGGGCACUGUGUACACUGCAUCCAGACAUGGCAGCAAGGCGGGUAUCUGUGAGAUGUUCGAGGGCCACCAGGGACCGGUGACGGGCAUCAGCUGCCACAGCGCAGUGGGCACCGUCGACUUUUCCCACCUCUUCAUCACAUCCUCCUUCGACUGGACCGUCAAACUCUGGAGCACCAAGCACAACAAGCCUCUGUACUCGUUUGAGGACAACGCCGACUAUGUGUAUGACGUAAUGUGGUCGCCUGUACACCCUGCGAUCUUCGCCGCCGUAGAUGGCAUGGGCCGCUUAGACCUGUGGAACCUCAACAACGACACGGAGGUACCAACUGCCAGUGUGACCAUCGAGGGUGCUUCGGCCCUCAACAGGGUCCGCUGGUCGUCAGGCGGGAAGGAGGUGGCUGUGGGCGACUCAGAAGGCCGAGUCUGGAUCUACGAUACUGGAGAGCUGUCAGUGACUCAUACUGACGACUGGGCGCGCUUCGCUCGUACCCUGAUGGAGAUUCGUGCUAACCGGGCGGACGGCGAGGAGGAGGGGCCUAUGGAGCUGGCUUCAUAGAACAGGACUACAAACCAAAGAGACCUGUGGGGUGUACUAUGAAGCGAGAUUAGUGGUUAGCAAGGUAUGUUAAAUCUAAAGCCAAAAUGUCACAAAGGUGAUUCCUUUUUAACCUGGUAGAUCGCCAUGGUAAAUGAUGCUACACACCUAGCGACCCUUUCACCGAUCAACAACUUUGGAAAUUGUGUCACCAUUACGAGCUUCUCUUCGGAGGGAUAGUUUCAUAGGAUUUCCUUCGGGUCAUUACAAGUGCAGCAGAUUGCACCCACAUACCCAUCACCGGAGCCUUAGGGGAACAUGAGGGGGAUUUGGUUAAUAGAAAGUCCUUUCACAGCAUCAGUUGUCUGGUGGAGCUGGCCCCCUCCAAUCUUCCUCCUCUUUAUUCCCCCCUCGUUUGUUUCAGGUUAAACGAACACUUAAAAUUUUACACAUCAUAUCAUCCAUACACUAAGAGAAUGAUGAAGGCACAGCAACUACAUACAACUUUAGAUUAUGUUUUUAUGCUUGGUCCUGAUUUGCUACCAAGUCCGUUUUACACGGCUAUCCAUUUUAACAACCUGUCUGAUGUAGGCAGCACGGGAUCGCUCCAUUUUCUUCAGAAGACUCAAAAGACCUCCCAAUUGCCCCCUUUUUAUAGGAACGUGCACAGGGCCAGAUGAGAAAAAAAAUCUGUGUUAAGAAAUAAAGUUGAUAACCACCGUCGUGAUACCAAUUACCUCUGAUUGGGGUUUAAGGUUUUGUUGAGCCAAGAAGAAAGCCUGGCUCUGUCGAACUUGCUUCGCAGUACACCCUCCGGUGUGCUUUUAUCGUUGUCACUGUAGCACGUGAAUCUCAAUCAGUUUAGUUGCUUCAUCUUUAUGUACAUGUUCCUGUCUGGUCCAAAAGAAGCCGCGUUUUUAUUGUAUUCUUGCAUUUACUCAACCAGAAAAUGCAUACUGUCGUCAAAAUGUUGACCUCUACUGAUUUGCCCGCCCUUAUUUAUUUAUUUAUUUAUUGACUUAAGGUGAUUUAUGCUUGCAACCCGUGAGCCUACAGUAUAUACAAAGUGGCAGUCUAAUAGCCUUAUAAGGAUAUGUGUGCUGUGACGAUGCUUUGCACUACCGUAAAAAUAAAGCAGGGUCCAUAUUCUAGUCCUGUAUGGUUUACAAAAUGUCAUGUUCACUUUAUGUUGUGCUUCUUUUCUCUGUAUUAUGCCUGCAUGCAACACAUUCCUGAAAUAUUACAGCUGCAUACACAUGGAGUUUCAGGGUGUCCGAAUCAAGUCUGGUACUGGCACUUUGAUUUUUGUUCUGAACAAGAAAAACAACUGUAUAUUAUUUAAUUAACUGUUAAUGAUUAAGAGGUAUAUUGUAUUGCAGAGUGCUGGCUGUUAAACCUGCUGUGUUUACUAUUAAAGCAUAGCUGAUGAA